AUGCAUGCCAAACAACUUCUCGCUCUCGGUGGACUUGUGCUCGCCAGUAAUGUGGCCAUUGCUGCUAAGCUGGAGCACGACGACGUCCCAAAUCAUUGUUGGGCUGCAUGUGGUCCUGUCGUGGGCAUCUCCGAAAGCUGCAAUCACCGGCACGAUAAUGAUGACUCGGCUGAGCUCCAGUGCAUCUGCAAUUGGGGUCCUGCGAGUACUCAGAUCCCGCUCUGCGCAGCUUGUAUUACUCAGUAUGGCCACAAUGAUGAUCAUGAUCAUGACAACGAUGAUGAUGACAACGACGACGGUGAUGACAAUGAGGCUCUUGAUCUCGUCCACUCGUGUUCCUUCAGCACCACAACUUACAACGCCGCUGCGGCCACCACCCUGAGCUCCAACUCCGCGGCCGCAGCCACUGCCACUACCACCGGCUCAAAUGGCAGUGGCCAGAACUCUGCGGGAUCUUCUACCACUGGCUCCACUCCGACUACGACGAAUGCUGCGGCUGGUCUUUCUGUCCCCGGUGUCGCUUCCCUGGCAGCUGUCGCGGGAAUGAUGCCUCUGGCCUUGCUCUAA